AUGGAUUUGCCGAGUUCGAAUGACGUGAAACCACCACCACCACAACCACAAACGAUCCGAAUCAAGUUGAUGGAGGACGAACUCGUGGCGGUGGAGCACAAAGUAUCUUUGUCGGGAAAUGUGAUACCACAGAAGGCUGUCAAAAAUAUGUUUUCCCUCCCUCCGACUUCGAUCGUUAGGUUGCGUUAUGGUGAUAAUGAAGAGGCAAACUGGUGCAAUUUUGAUUCAACUGGCUCGUUUUUGCUUCCUGAUGGCUGGCCAACUAUGGAGUUCUUUGUCGAUUCUCGUUUGCCACCACCAGCAAAUAGGGCUUCAAAAAUUCUCAAGGAAUGGGAAAAUCGUGUUUUUUGCAUUGGAGGCCGUGGUGGUAGGGUGGGAUCAUGCGUCUUAUUGGAAAAGAAGCACAUUUUGACCGCUGCGCACUUAUCCUUCAAGCUUGGAGAAUGCUACCCAAUCAAAGGACCCGGUUUGACGGGCAGUUUGGAGGUGCGCGUGCGCUGCGAUUUCAUUUCUCGGAGUCACGUUUUCGCCAUACUUAGUUCGAAUUCUCUUGAAGACCUCCCACUAUCUACGGACUCACUGAAUCGCGGCUCUAAAUUUUUCAUGAUGGGCUAUCCGACGGACGGCGGAGAGGCUUCUAGGCCGUCAAUCACAAAAGGAAUCAUUGAAGGGUCGAUGGUGGAUAACAUUCAUCUAGUCGGAACACCUGGUUCGAGGCUAGGAUACUCGGGCGCUCCGGUCUUUGAUGAUUCUGGACGGUUGGCAGGACUAUUGGUGGGGGGUCCAACGGCUCGAUUAGAUGUCAAUGCAACGAUUAAAGAAUGUCUGGAUUCGUCGGAGAAACAGAAAUACGCGAAAAUUUUAAACAUCCAGGCAAUCACUGGCCACUAUGAUUAUUGUCGCCAAAAUGAACUUAAGGACCAGGAAUCC